ACAGCUGAUUCUUGCUGAGCAGAUGCUGUUUAUAUUUAUAUCAUUUAGAACCUUUAUUUUGAAAGAUCAGCCACACGUGUUUCCGCUCGGAAAGGAGCUAACAACACAUAGCUUCCAGCCUUAUUUCUUUUAAGUGUCUUUUUCAAACUUCACACGUCCUAUCAUGGAGAUGACCGGCAGACCGUGUCAGGUGGAAAACACAGAUAUAUUCCUGCCACUGUCAUCGCUGAGGCUGCUGAUCCCUCCUCUGCGGCUGCUCUCUGCAGCCAUGUGGCAGGUGGCUCAGCAGAGAGAGGUUCUCGAUUAUGAGAAGCUUGAUGAGUUCGUGACGUUGGUGACGGCGACAGUGCCAGACCUGCUUAGUCCGAAGCAACGAGGCAAGCUGCUCCUUCGACUGAGAGCCAAAAUUAUUCUUGAGUUGUGCAGAAAUGAGGAAACAGCCAACAUUCUGUGUAUACAGCCUCACCUGGAACGGAUCCGCCCACCAGGAUACACAGGAAGUGGAGAUGCAGAGGUGGAUGCAGAGGAGGCCAUUUUUGUGGCGCUCAUUCAAACUCUGCUGAAGGAGCCAGCAGAGAGGGAGCAUUUCUACCAGGAGGUUUUUCCAACAGAAUACGGCCUCAGCUACGACACAGACAUGCAGCUCCUCGUGUGGGAGUUUCUCUCUAAACUGGAAAAACUCCUUCCAGUACCAGACCUGAGUCAGACAGUUUCAUGGCUGACCUCUGCCCCCUCUGUACUGAGGGACUACUUGGAAGCGCUCUCCAGUCCUGAGGACCUGACGUCUCUCCUGCAGCACCACAAAUGCCUUGAGCACCUUGGAACACAAGGUACCACCGUGGAGAUGUCCACCCAGGUCUUUGCCUGCUCAGAGUGUCCAUUCUUCCACAUGCAGGAGUCCUACCUGCUGCAGCACAUUGAGCAAAGUCACCCUGAGCAGUAUAGCAAACUCCAGAGGGCCGCAGAGAAAGCUGAAGCCCCCAAGAAGAAGGUCAAGCGUCCUGAGUUCCCAAAGCCUUUCCCCAUCCAUGACAGACCCAACCCCUACAUGUGCCAGGAGUGUGGCAAAACAUUCACACGUGCCUCAGACGUGACGCGACACCAACGGACGCACACGGGUGAGCGCCCGUACACCUGUGAGGAAUGCAAGAAGGGCUUCAAGAACUCCUGGGAUCUGACCAGACAUCAGCGCAUCCACACCGGGGAACGACCAUUCCUCUGCUCCCAGUGUGGCAAACGCUUCACGCAGAUGGGGCUGCUCAAGCUGCAUUUCGAACGAACUGCCUGCGGCCAGACUUGCAACCCUCCCCUCGACUUGGCGACAGAGGUCGUAGAAGUGGAAGAGACGACGGACAAAGGGGACGGUCAAUACAAAUGCCAGAAAUGUGGCGAGAGCUUCGGUAGCAUCCUGGAGAGGAUGAGGCACAGGCAGAGGCACGUGGUGAGGCGUCAGUACAAAUGCUCCCAGUGCGAGAAGAUCUACAGUCGAGCGUCGGACCUCAAGAGGCACCAGAUGAAACACACUGGUGAGCGGCCGUUUGCGUGCGAGUGUGGGAAAAGCUUCACGCACGUGUGGCUUCUGAACAAGCAUCAGCAGAUCCACACCAGGGAGCGUCCCUACCCUUGCACGGAGUGCGGGAAGAGCUUCACGCAACUCCAGAUCCUUAACAGGCACCUGCUGACCCACAACGGCCAGCGGCCUUUUCAGUGCUCCUACUGCGAGAAGAGCUUCACCCAGCUCGCCAGCCUCACGCGCCACGAACGAAUCCACACAGGCGAGAGGCCGUACGUCUGCACCACCUGCGAGAAGACGUUCCUCACGCACGGAGAGCUAGUGAGGCAUCAGCGCAGCCACAGUAACUUUAGGCCGUUCAGCUGCUCACAGUGCCCCAAGAGCUUUAAGACCAAGCGAGCGCAGAGUGAGCACCUCAACACGCACACAGGAGAGCGGCCAUUUGCGUGCACCUACUGCGGGAAGAGGUUCGCCAAGUCCACCUCGCUCGUCCGGCAUAACCUGACUCACACAGGGGAACGGCCCCACCAGUGCUCCCAGUGCGGGAAGACCUUCCUCACCUCUGGUGAGCUCCUCCUCCAUAUACGGAUCCACACGGGAGAAAGGCCUUAUCCCUGCUCCUACUGUGAGAGGAGGUUCAGGUGCUCCUCCGACCUCAACAUGCACGUCAGAACACACACCGGGGAGAAGCCACACAGCUGCCUGCUCUGCAAGAAGAGCUUCUCCACGUCUACGAGGCUGAAGAGGCACACGCGCACACACAUGGAGAAGGGUAUCGUAGUGGAAUCAUUUAGUCUCUGAGCUGAUAGCUGAUGAUGUAUUUAUUAGAUGAUGAUUGCUGCUUUGUCUUAAUAGAAUAAAAAAAUCUUUUUAAUCAG